AGUACAAGUGUUUGUGGACUUGAAAAUUGUUUCUUAUUGACUAUUAUAAUAAAAAUAGAUUUUUCUACAUAUAAAUCCAUUAAAUUCGCAUACAACGAUGGAGUGCCAUCACCGCAUUGAAGUCCCCCUGCGCUCUGGUGGAGGAAAGAAAAUGAAGAAACGUAGGGAGCUGGACGCACUAAUAGCGCAUUCAUUGACAAAAAGAGAUACCCGCCGCGCUGUUAACUCACAAGACAAAUUAUUGUCGGUCUCCACCGACGACCCUGAAGACUACGCAUGGGUAAAUACUGUGCACAGUACGCGUCGAAAUCAUCGGAAAAAAAUAUGCUUUCGAAAAUGUGGCUCAAUUCUUUUUGGCAUUACAACCGCUUUGUUUGUGGGAAUUCUCUAUUGGCUUUAUAUUGACUUACGACAACAGAUUUCUGAUUAUCGUCAAAAAAUUGAAGAAGUUUCUGUUAUAGGUAAAAUAUUUCCAGAUACUCUCCAACAAUGGCAUGAGACUACUUCAUUCCUUAUUAAAAAUCAGACUUCAGUUACAAGCCAAAUAUAUGAAUUAACCCGCAAUGUGGAGCUUUUAGGUACAAAUUUCAGCUCACUUCAAUCGAUUGUAAGCAGUCAAGGUAACUAUAUUAAGGAUGAGAAACUAGUCGCAGACUUUGGAGCGAAACUUGAGGCAGUGGCUACUGACAUCGAAGGGCUAAAGGAGCACUUUAACAAAAACUUAGAACUACAAAAAAAUCUUGAACUGAAAACUGAGGAUUUAAAAGCUAACAUGAGCCAGCUUUCAAUCCUGCAAUCCAGUACACCGCAACUAAACUUUUCAAAUGAAAUGAGCCUGCUUAAUCAGACAAUGCAAAAUGCAUAUACAAAUUUUAAGAACAACCUUGUGAAUGUCAACAAUACGAUGAGCCAGACCGUUAAAAUGCUUAAUGGGGAAAUUCAAACGCACAAACUCAAAUUGGAUGACUUGUUAGAUCGCUCGCAAAACAUAACUUCUCAUGUUGAAACACUAAGCAAUUCUUGGUCCGAGUUUAAAGAAAAAAUCAUACUAAUAGAUGAACAAUUGAACAAUCAGAACAAGGAGAUAAUUGAAACAGCAAAAAAAAAUCGUAUUCUUGUGGUUUCAAUUGAGCAACUUAAGGCUCUGUACAAAAAACAUACAGAUAGCAUUGUUACUGUGCCAAUUUUAGAAGAAGCUAAUACUACGGAGGCUCAGCACAAUAAAAUAAAUAUAACAUCAUCGAUUACAACAAUUAAAGCUAAUAGGACAAGCUAAAUCGUAGAACCAGUUUAAGAUUCAUGAUAAUAAUGUAUUUAUUGCCUAAAUUUUAUUCAAUGUAGUUCAAUUACACCUUACUAAAUGUAAUGAUUGUUAUAGUCACUAAACUUAUAAGAUUUUGGAAUUUAAUUAAGUUAAAAAGUUGAUUUUGAUUUGAAUAUAAGCGUGUUAGAAUACAACCACUAAGCGAUGUGAUUUGUUUAAUAAAAAUAUGUAUUCUUACUCAUAAUCAAAUUUUCAGCUCGCAAUACAAGCUUAGCAUUUCAAUAUUAAUGCUGUAUUAAUUUAUAAGAAAAUCUGAAUUUAUUGUAAAACAAAAGCACUAUGUAAAUACAUACCAAAUAAUAAAACGUUAGUCUACAAAUACGUAG